CGAAUUUGAGGCAACUGCCAGCACCGUUUCCCCCGUGUCGCUACCUCCCACCCACCCAUUGAGUCUUGAUUUCAGGGGGGAGUGCGUCUUCCUCUGGAAUCUCACUCACAGGAUAAAUAAGCCACCAGUUGCCUCUGGCGAUCAUGUUUUCCAUUCAAACUCUCCGGAACGUGUCGAUAGCCGGAUGGGCUUCAGCUCGAUAUCUCAGCACGGACACGGCCUCUACAGCGUCCCUAAAGAGGUCUUACCUCUAUGUCCCUUCCUCCUCCUCUCGCAUGCUUGAAAAGUCGCUCGCGGUUAAUUCUGAUAUGAUUAUCUACGACCUUGAAGAUAGUGUUUCUCCAAAGGAUAAAGUCACUGCCAGAAAUAGACUCCAGGGUUUUCUAAAAAACGAGAUGCUCUUAACUCCUUCACGAAUCGCUGUCAGGAUUAAUGAUAGAACAACGCCUUUCUUUGUCGAAGAUCUUGCGGCCAUUGUCCGUUUGCCUACUGUAAGAUCAAUUGUUCUGCCCAAAGUGCAUUCUGUAGAGUACCUCACGCAUGUGGCAUCCAUCAUCUCCGAAACUCGACUGACACCUUCUCAAAGCCUUCCCUUAUGCCUGGUAGCGAGUAUUGAAAGUUCAGAGGCGGUGAUGAAUGCUUCCGCCAUAGCUGCAUGGAAGCCCCCGAUUGAAAGCGCCCAAGGAUGUGUACUAGGCGCCCUUUUGUUUGCUGCAGAAGACUAUUGCGCUGAUACCUCCAUCAUCCGUACUCGUUCACGUCAAGAACUAUUGUAUACUCGUUCCCACAUAGUCAAUGCCGCCAGGGCCAAUAAGCUUGAAGCUAUUGAUAUGGUAUGCGUAAACUAUAAAGACGAAAAAUAUUUAAAGGAGGAGUGUCAGGAAGGAAGGAGAAUGGGAUUUACUGGAAAGCAAGCCAUCCAUCCUUCCCAGGUAGACACGAUUCAAGCAACUUUCGUCCCUACCACAUUUGAGAUAGUUCGCGCGGCAAAGAUCGUUCAUAACAUGCAAAUAGCCCAUGAAUCUCAGAAGGGCGCCAUCGGACUUGAGGGAGAAAUGGUCGAUGCUCCGAUGAUCAAACAGGCUGAGAAAAUUAUCCAAAUUGCGAAGGCGGCUGGUCUUGAUAUUCCAGAUGUGGUAUGA